AUGAUAUUAGGAGAGCAUUUAAUGAGUUGGUCCAAGACCGGUAUCAUUGCGUAUAGCGACUCACAAUCGCCAAAUGCAAAUAUUUGUCUCACAUUUUUAGAAUCAAUUAAUGGAAUAAAUUGGCGAUUCCAUACACCUCAAAAAUAUGUUUUGCACCCACAAUUACACGAAGUUCAAUACCCUGAAAAUAACAGUAGUUCAAGUAAUCACUCGACAAUAUCUUCUGUGAACGGAUCAACUGCAGCUGGUAUAGGAAGCACUCCAAAUUUUGGAAGCAAUACCAAUAAGUCCACUCCACAGUUCUUCUACAACAUAUCAUCCAUUCAUUGGAAUAACUGGUUUAGUUUACCUGGGGAUAUGUUAGCUGUAUGUGAUGAACUAGGGAAUAUGACCAUGUUAAUUACUGGGCAACGCCCUGAUCGUGCUACUACCUAUGAAAAGUUAACAAUGGUAUUCCAAGAUAAUGUCUACAAAAUCUAUAAUCACGUUAUGCCGUUAAAACCUGUCGAUAAGCUGAAACCUAUGAACAUCGAACGGAAGCAAACAAGAAAGGAAUACAACACAUCCAUUCUUGAGUUUCACUGGCUCACCUCCUCAAAAUCCGUGAUCGUUUCUCAAUUCUGUGCUUUUGACAGUAGUUCUAACACAUAUAGAAGCAGGGCACAGCAAGUGCCUCCAUAUGGUGUGUUUCAUCCACCCUUUAUAAAAUAUGCGUGUUUGGCAAUUAGAAAGAAUGGUCAAAUCGAUUUUUGGUACCAAUUUUCAAAUUCAAAGGAUCACAAAAAGAUAACAUUACAGCUGUUAAACUCAUCAAACCAAAGGUUCAAGGACCUUCAAUGGCUUGAAUUUGCUAGAAUCACGCCAAUGAGUGAUGAUCAAUGCAUGUUAAUAACCACGUACUCAAAACUAUCCAAGAAUAUCUCUUUCUACAAGCUACAUGUUAAUUGGAACCUUAACACUGCCAAACCAAACAUUCUAAACGAUCCAUCCUUAAAGAUACAAUUUAUACUGAGUACUACUCUGGAUCCAACGGAUGAUGAAGGACAUGUAUUGAAGUUGGCAAAUCUUCAUGUUGUAUCUAAAUCAUCAAUUGAGAAAGAUCCUUCCCCAGAAAUUUUGGUUUUGUAUAAUGUUUGCGAUACCUCAAAAUCAUUAGUGAAAAGGUACCGACUCACUCGAACACAACUUUCAGCCGAAUACUUAGUAAUCUUAAAACCAGAUUUGAAUAUCGACCGAAAUAAUCCGACAAAUCAAAUCUUCCCAUCACGUCGUUAUAACCUUCGUCGCCACAGCGAUAUUAUCCUUGACAAAAAAGUCACUUUAAUUACUUCUGAGAUGUUUGAUGGAUUUGUUUCAUUUUAUUUUGAAGAUGGUACCAUUGAAUCCUAUAACCAAAAUGACUGGAAACUGGAAACUGAACGACUUAUAAGUCAGAGUCAGUUAGGAAAAUUCAAAAAUAUCAUUGCGUCUCCACUAAGUGCUGGAUUUAAUUAUGGAAAGCUUCCUUUACCACCAUCAAUUGAAUGGGUGAAGGUUUCACCAUCCAUGUGUGGGGUCAUCGUUAAACAGUACAGCAAAAAAUGGCCACAAUUUUAUGCUGCCUCUCAGAAAAACUAUACAGAUCCUGAAAAGGAUUCUAUAAACGCUACAGCUUUAGCAUUUGGAUACGUGAAAAGUUUACACAAACAAAUAUCUGCCGAAGAUUUAACAAUUGCUGCUAAAACGCAUAUACUCAGGAUUUUAUCUCUGGAUAAAAAAAGGGCAAAAGAUUUUAUCACAACAUUGCUUAAAAGUUUGUACUCUUUUUUCAAUAUUUCUCCUGAUGCUCCAAAAGAAAUUAUGGAUAAAAUAAUCACAAGCAGACCAUUACAAAAGAUCAUGUUGUUGCAGCUGGAACUUGGCAGUUGCUUUUCGCAUGAGAACAUCGAAGAAAUGGCCAGAGUUAUUCUUUAUUUAAAAAAUGUUUUGUUUGCUUUCAACGGUGUAGCGAGAAAUUUUCAUUUUGCCAUUGAACAGAUAAGUAAUAAUUCCAACCAACAACAAAAUCCAAAGUUAUUUCAGACCAUAUUCUCAAAACAGGAUCUCAUCCAUUCAUUGAUUCCUGUUGCCAGAUGGUUUGUUAAGUUUGUUACUUACUUGACUCAAGAAAUCUUAAUCUUAAUUAACGAUCCCACAAACAAAGAUUAUACGUUAGUUCAUGGGAUAUUUGGGGCCAAAAUGUCGAGGACAUUGAUAUUGUCUAUUCUCAAUGAAAUAAAGAAAGUUACUCAAAUAGUUACCAAAUUUCCAGAAACUGCAUACCCAAUCUUAAACGAGUCGUCGACUUUCUUAAAACUAGUUCUAUCUGAAUCACCAGUGGAUUUCGAAAAAUUCGAAACGUUCUUAGUUGAUGUAAAUAACAAAUUCAUUGCAUUAUGUGAACAACAGCCGUCACAAGAGCGAGAGUUUUCGUUGUUAGUAAAAGCUGAAAUCCCCCCUGAAUAUGCCAAAGUGGGAGAAUUCCUUCUGCAGUACGCAAAUAAUGCAGUGAUUUCUCACGCGAAUGCGGCGGCGGUAUAUUUUGCAGACACUAGUGGCUUGAAGAUAUCUAGUGCCGAGUUCUUCAAUCAUGAAAUAUUUCACUUAUUGCAACCUUUAGAAAAGGGUUUAAUUAUUGAUACCGAUCAACUACCCAAAAAUAAUAGGACUUCUAAAUCGUUCAGCACAUUACUGUAUGACGAUGUAACCUGUGAUAAGUUGAGUAAAUCAGAAAUAUCUGAUGGAAAACUUAAACGAUGCAGUAGGUGCGGAUCCGUAACGAGAGCAGGUAACACGAUAUCAAGUGACAAGACAAUUGUACCCACUAGCAUUCAAACCAAAAGAUGGCCAACCAUGUAUACAAGGCUGUGUAUAUGUUCAGGCAUGCUCUUUGAGAUGGACGGAUGA